GGAAUCCAUUCGAAAUGGAAUCACGAAGUGCAGAUAAUUUUCCGAGUGACCGUCCAUUACCCAUAUCUGCAACUCUCUGCCUCGAUAUUAUCCAUACAGCUCACGCAGGGACCCAAACUUUCCGGCAAAAUCCUCGCUGUAGUUUUCCCGCGAAACAAACGCAGGAAAAUGCCCGAACCGGACGAACAGAAGAAGUCAACACCGAAGGACCUUGCUCCUGCUGCUAUGACAGCAACUACUGCCACUGCGGCCGAGGCGAUCAUGGACAUUGAUGUUGACAUGUACAACUCUUGGCCGUUAGAUCAGAUCUCCUUUGCUUCCAAUCUUCUGUCUCCAUUUCCGGUCUCCUCCUCCGAGCAACCUUAUUCUCCGCUCUGGGCCUUCUCCGAUGCUGUCGACGACAACGCUUCCGCCACAGCAGGAACUCAUGCCAGCUCCACUACCGCUUCUGCCACCGGCCUUCGAAUCUCCGAUUACCCUCUCUUUCUUUCAGGUGAUAUUAAUGAAAAUUCGACAGAGAGGGAUGUUAGCAGGAGGUUUCCGUCUCCACUUCUCGGAUUGGUGCCCAUAGAGAAUCCAGAUGCAUAUUAUUUGAUUAAGGAGAGGAUGACAAAGGCAUUAAGGUUCUUCAAAGAAUCAACUGAGCAGCAUGUUCUAGCUCAAGUUUGGGCUCCCGUGAAGAAUGGGGGUCGGUAUGUACUCACAACUUCAGGGCAACCCUUUCUUCUUGACCCACAUUGUAAUGGACUUUAUCAAUAUAGAACGGCUUCUCUGAUGUAUAUUUUUUCUAUGGAUGGAGAGACUGAUGGAGAGCUAGGGCUUCCUGGACGUGUUUUCCGGCAAAAAAUGCCGGAAUGGACUCCAAAUGUGCAGUAUUACUCCAGCAGCGAGUAUCCACGGCUUGAUCAUGCUAUGCAUUACAAUGUUCAAGGGACCUUGGCUUUACCAGUCUUUGAACCAUCAGGCCAAUCUUGUGUUUGUGUGCUUGAGCUCAUAAUGACUAUACCGAAGAUAAACUAUGCACCUGAGGUCGAUAAAGUCUGCAAAGCACUUGAGGCAGUAAAUUUGAAAAGUUCAGAGAUAUUGGACAACACAAACACACAGAUUUGCAAUGAAGGUCGCCAAAAUGCCCUGGCUGAAAUCUUAGGGAUUUUGACCUCAGUCUGUGAAACGCACAAAGUACCUUUAGCUCAGACCUGGGUUCCAUGCAGGCAUCGCAGUGUUAUUGCAUAUGGUGGCGGUCUGAAGAAGAGCUGUUCUAGUUUUGAUGGUAGCUGCAUGGGACAAGUGUGCAUGUCCACGACAGAUGCAGCUGUCUAUGUCAUAGAUGCUCACAUGUGGCGUUUCCGGGAGGCCUGUGUGGAGCACCACUUACAAAGUGGUCAGGGUGUUGCAGGAAGGGCAUUUUUUUCGCACAACUCGUGCUUCUGUGCUGACAUUACCCAAUACUGCAAAACUGAGUACCCUUUAGUACACUAUGCACGCAUGUUUGGCUUAGCUGGCUGUUUCGCUAUCUGCUUACAGAGUAGUUAUACUGGAGAUGAUGAGUAUAUUCUAGAAUUCUUUUUGCCUCCUAACGUCAAAGACAUUCAUGAGCAGAAGACUUUGUUGGGCUCGUUAUUAGCAACAAUGAGGCAGCAUUUUGAGACUCUUAAGGUUGCUUCUGGCGUUGACCUUAAGGAGGAAGCAGGUUUAGUUGAAUUCAUUAAAGUUUCUUCAAAUGGGAAACCUGAUUUUGAACUUGAAUCUAUUACAAUACCACAGUCUAAACAAUCUCUCCCUGACCCUAAUGCUUUACUGAAAGGAGGGGAGAUGACCCAGGUAGAUUCAAUAAAACAGCAAUUGACAUUGAAUGUUGACAUUGGUCAUGGUGGAGGUGGCACUCUCCAUGCAGAUGGAAGCAACACUCCCAUGUCCCUACUAGAGAACAAAAAAGUGAAAAAGCCAUCAGAGAGAAAACGUGGGAAAGCUGAAAAAUCAAUUAGUCUGGAGGUGCUCCAACAGUACUUCAGUGGAAGUCUUAAAGAUGCCGCAAAGAGCCUUGGUGUGUGCCCUACAACGAUGAAGCGGAUCUGCAGGCAGCAUGGGAUCUCUCGGUGGCCUUCUAGGAAAAUCAACAAGGUGAACCGUUCCCUUACUAAGCUUAAGCGUGUCAUGGAAUCUGUCCAAGGUGCUGAAGGAACAUUCGGUCUAACUGCUAUUACCACCAAUGCCAGUCCCCUUCCAGUUACUGUUGGUUCACUUUCUUGGCCAUCCAAUUUGAAUAUUUCCAAUCAACAGAGCUCACCGGGCUUAAAGCCUUCUGAACUGCAGGGUGAGAAGAAUGAAUCACCCACCUGUAAAACUUUGGGAAGUGAUGGACAGACUGGUCAUGAAGACCAAUUUACAGGAGGAAGGAUAUUGAGUGAGGAGGAACAUGCUCCUUUGCCGAAUGGAUUUUCACCAGAGUUAGGUCAAGGCUCAAACAGGUCGAGGACAGGGAGUGGUUCUAGGGAAGAGAGUGCUGGUAGCCCUGCUUCUCAUGGUUCAUACCAAGGGAGCCCUGCAACUGAGAGUGCACCUCCGAAGGAUUCAUUUGUAUCACCUCUCCAUGAUCAAUGCAUUUUAUUAGGGGGCUCUCCGGAACUUGUGUUUCAGAAGACGGGGGAACUGAAUCUUAUGGCUUCAUUCUCAAUACCUGAUACUCACAUGACAGCAGAACCUCUAGAACCAUUUGGAGGAAUGCUGAUUGAGGAUGCUGGAAGUUCAAAAGAUUUAAGAAACCUCUGUCCAGCAGCAGCAGAUGCUAUUGCGGACGAGCGAAUUCCAGAAUCUAGUUGGACAAACCCUCCAUGUCCAGAUCCAUGUCCCAAGCAACCGUUGGCAGAUCUUCCUCAAACAAUACCAUAUUUUACAGCUAGGCAAGAAACGAAGAGUGUGACGAUAAAGGCAACAUACAAAGAAGAUAUAAUAAGAUUCCGGAUAUCUUUCAACUCUGGAAUUUUGGAGUUGAGAGAGGAAGUAGCUAAAAGGCUCAAGUUGGAGGUGGGAAGUUUCGAUAUUAAGUACCUGGAUGACGAUCAUGAGUGGGUUCUAAUAGCCUGCGACGCUGACCUGCAGGAGUGUAUCGAUAUUUCGCAAUCAUCAGACAGCAAUAUUAUCAGACUGUUGGUACACGACGCAAUGGCCAAUCUCGGGAGCUCUUGUGAGAGCUCCGGAUAUUUAUGAGUAAACUAUAAAAAAACCAUUCUCAUAGUCCUAGGCAUUUGGAGAAAGAUUAAGGUUAGUUUAGUUUUUGAAGACAUUUUUUUUAAAGUUGCUCAAGUUGUAAGAAUAUUUUCUUAAUCUUAUACUUCUUCCGAGUGACACAGAAUAGAAUGAAGUGGAGUGUUGUGAUGAGGUACAUGUCUCCUAGUGGAGGAGGGUCAGCCCUUGCUCUUUUCGUUGGGACCUUUGGUACUAAGUGUUCAUCCUUCAAGUGUUUCAUGCAAAAAUGUAUAUUCAUACUUUUCUGGCUAGAAACCAGAGGCUUCUUUACUAUUUUGUGUGGCAAUGAUGAGAAUUAGUUAUGGA